GCUGAGUUUCGGGGAAGCUUUCCUACUUUCUAACUAUUUUUGAACCAUCCAUCAAUUUUCUUCCCUUGUUAUCAGGUCAGGCAAGUUCGGAGUGACCCCCUUCUCCACGCAUUGUGCACCAGUCCCGCGUUACCGCUUCGGGUGGAGAACAGGACUAGAAUCCGACAUUGCGGCCUGCGCCUGAGAACCUAUCGCGAGACUCGAUUCCCAUCCCGCAGCUGUCCUUGAAUCCAGCCUUUCCCUAGGCCCAGCCCAGCAAUGGCACGUGGUCCCAAGAAGCACCUGAAACGGGUGGCAGCUCCAAAACAUUGGAUGCUUGAUAAGUUGACGGGAGUGUUUGCCCCCAGACCCUCCACAGGUCCCCACAAGCUUCGAGAGUGUCUCCCUCUCAUCAUCUUCCUUAGAAAUAGAUUGAAGUAUGCCCUGACAGGAGAUGAAGUAAAGAAGAUCUGCAUGCAGAGGUUCAUCAAGAUUGACGGCAAAGUCCGCACUGAUAUUACCUACCCUGCUGGCUUUAUGGAUGUCAUCAGCAUUGAGAAAACUGGAGAGCAUUUCCGUCUGGUAUAUGACACCAAGGGCCGUUUUGCUGUUCAUCGCAUCACGGCUGAAGAGGCAAAGUAUAAAUUGUGCAAAGUAAGAAAGAUUUUUGUGGCUACAAAAGGUAUCCCUCAUCUGGUGACCCAUGAUGCCCGUACAAUUCGAUAUCCAGAUCCUCUAAUCAAAGUGAAUGACACUGUUCAAAUUAACUUAGAGACUGGCAAGAUUACUGAUUUCAUCAAAUUUGACACUGGCAACCUGUGUAUGGUGACCGGUGGGGCCAACUUAGGUCGAAUUGGCGUGAUUACCAAUAGGGAGAAGCAUCCUGGAUCUUUUGAUGUUGUCCAUGUGAAGGAUGCCAAUGGCAAUAGCUUUGCCACUAGGCUUUCAAAUAUAUUUGUUAUUGGCAAAGGUAAUAAGCCUUGGAUUUCUCUACCCCGAGGAAAAGGUAUCCGUCUUACCAUUGCUGAAGAAAGAGAUAAGAGAUUGGCAGCCAAACAAAGCAGUGGAUAAAUAAAAAUGAAGUCUAAUGGUAUAUAUAAUCAGAUAGAUGUUAUAAGGAAAAGAAUUCCUUUUGUCAGUUUUGGUAAUUGAUAUCAUAAGUAAUCAGUAUAUUGUUAUUUUAUUAGAAUGUAGCUGUGUAGACUGGUUUUCUUUUACAACUUUUGAGUUACUAUAGUUUAAUAAUAUAGCAUGUGUUAUGUCUGCCUUUUAUAAUCUGUUGGCUUAAUUUACAAGCUAGUUUGAGAUUAAUUUUGCGAGCAUUUUCUUUGUGCAUUUGAUAAAGAAGCUUUUCUGUUUAUCUUGCUUAGUUCUCUCCUUUAUACUUAUAAUUCCUAAUGGAUCCAAGUUCAGAUCAAAUAUCUACUGUUAACCUGUGUUUUAUCAUUCUCAUUUUGGAAUGUUGACAUGUAUCAUAAUUUUCUUGUAUCACUCUUAAACUUCCUUUUCUGAACUUAGUAGUUGUAUUUGAUUCAAAUAAAAUCAGAAUUGUUGCA